CUGAAUAGAGAGGAGACUUAAUACACAUCACGUUAUACGUACAUGACAAGUGUGUUUAAAUGCUGAGAUGUGCUGUUGAAUUAUUAAGGAGUUUAGUUAUUCUUUCUGCUCCUGCACUGUGACAGCCCCUCCCUCUCUUUCUUCAUCGCUGUAUGCGUGAGAUGCUCAUACUGCAUGCACAUACAUGGAAAAACACCGAAACUUGUUUAGUGCAUGUAAACAGGAAGCUCAAAUGAGACUUUCAGACCAACCGGCUUUACAAAUGAUUCCAGAAUGGAAGAAGCAGUACAUUUGUUACGAGGUGAGUUUAGGUGCUUGGAAACAUUCUUCUCAUUUAUAACCACAUCUAAAGCUUUGAUAGCUGACGUAUUACACUGCAAACAAUCAAAGAAAUCAUUAUAUUACAGAAACUGGAGACUAUUCUGAAUAAAGCGGGCAGGUUUGGCAUCCUUCAUCAUGAUGAUAACAAUCCAAAGCAACCCAGGGAAGAGUUCUUUAGGAGCUGUGAGCAGGAGCUGAACAAGAAAAACUAUCAGAAGCUCACAGCAGACUGGCGACUUUUGGGAUCGAAGCUCGAGAGGUUUCUGGAUCUGAGGUUCGAGGUGAUAUCAGACACUCAUGUGUCAAAAGGAGAACCGACAAUAUAAAACACAUUAAAAUGGCCGUUGGGGAGCUUCAUCUGAGUCUGGCCUUUCUGCAAAAAUACCAGGAGUUUAAUUACAGGUUUUUCUGCAAGAUCACUGUGAUGUACGACUCAAAGUUUGCUUCUGAACACGGCUUGAAAUGGAGAAACGAGAGACUUGAUGCGUCUCUGCUGAACACCGAGCAGAACAAAUGUGAACAUCUCAUGUCUAAACUGGAGAUCUUCAUGCUUCAGCUGGAGGGGGGUGACAAAAUCAGAGCAAUGAAAAGACUUGACGUGCCACCAAUAGGCUCGACGCCGACAGUUGGACAGUGGGUUAUGUUUCGGAUUGGCUUGCAUGCGGCCUAAUCCUGAUGCUACUUACAAUUAUUGCUUUCAGAGGUCAGUAAAGUUUAUUUUUUUAACUGUUUUUAACUAACUAUUUC